CCUCUGAUCCUGCUUUUCUCCAAACUAGGGAGAUUAAAACAGCAGCUAAUUAAUUUCAUCCCUUUGCAGAAACGCUACCUAGAUCUCUCUGAGGGCUUUUAACAGUUUCUGUCUGAACCAGGCCAAGAAAAACUCCAUCAAGAUGUCCAGCAAACGAGCCAAGGCAAAGACCACCAAGAAGCGCCCUCAGCGUGCCACCUCCAAUGUCUUUGCCAUGUUUGACCAGUCACAGAUCCAGGAGUUCAAGGAGGCUUUCAAUAUGAUAGACCAAAAUCGUGAUGGGUUCAUUGACAAAGAGGAUCUACAUGACAUGCUGGCAUCUCUAGGGAAAAAUCCCACAGAUGAGUACUUGGAAGGGAUGAUGAGUGAAGCACCUGGACCCAUCAACUUCACCAUGUUCCUUACUAUGUUUGGGGAGAAGUUGAAUGGCACAGACCCAGAAGAUGUCAUUCGGAAUGCUUUUGCCUGCUUUGACGAGGAGGCCACAGGUUUCAUUCAUGAAGACCACUUGCGUGAACUGCUUACCACCAUGGGUGAUCGUUUUACAGAUGAGGAAGUAGAUGAGAUGUAUCGAGAAGCUCCAAUUGACAAGAAAGGCAACUUCAACUAUGUGGAAUUCACCCGUAUCCUGAAGCAUGGAGCCAAAGACAAAGAUGAUUAAAACUAAGAGAGAUUCCAAUUUCCAGUUAUCCUUGUUUGUCCUAGUCCUCUUGUUCCUCUUUGAGAUUUCCUGAUGCCCUGGGUCAAGUAGUAGAAUGGGGUACACUCUGAAAUAUUUCAGAGACCUAUUUCUAUUCGUAAUGAAGAAUGAGGUUUGCAUAUCUGUGUAUGUUCACGUGGAUCAAUACUGAUUCAUUAUUAAGCCACCUGAUGAUUUGGUAGGUCCCAUGGAUUAAAAUAUUUGCAAUAUCCCCUUUAUAAACAGAUUUGAUGGGGGAAUGAAAAGAAGCACUGUGAAUGCAUCUGAUAUUGUUUCAUACAACCACUAGCAUUAGAUCUGAACCUAGAAUUGGUGGCCUUUUAAAAAUAGACAACUGUUACCAGUUCACAUAUACAGCACUUGCACUUGUAAUGUGAUUCAUAUUCAACUUUUUCACUGCCAUCACAACCCAGUGAGGUAAGGCUAUGGUUAUUCUCAUUUUAAAGCCAAGACAUUGAGACAUAUAUACACCCAGGACUAUCCUAUCACUCUGCAGAUGUGAGAAUGGAAUUCAGAUCUCCCAGAUCCUGCAUCAAACCUUUGGCCUUCACCUUCACUACUUAUAUUGAACCCCUGAAAAGAUCACUGGAUACCAGGUUGGCUUUGGGAUUGUCUCACUGCCUCUUGAGAAGUCACACCCCAUUUUGUAGUCAAGAUAUUUUCUUCACAAAGGAUAUCUGAGGACUGGUAAAACACAUUUGACACUCAUACAAAGAUUCUUUCAAAUGUCUCCAUUCCUCUUGACCCAGACACAUAAUAUAUCAGCUAAUGCAUUGAUAAGAAACAAGAUGAUUGGUCCACCAAAGCUGAAAUUCUCUCUCACAUAAAUCCCACCUUGGACUCUGACCUAACAUUGUAUUUUUUGUGGAGGUUGCCUGAAAAGAUUGAACAGAAAGAACACAAAAAUAAAUCACUUUUCCAAAUCUG